UUCAUCUUCAGAUAUUUUAAUUUCACAAUAUUCAAUCCCUCAUGAAUAUUUUGUGGUGAUCUCUGUUCAACUGUUUUCUACUUUAACGGGAGAGAAAAGUGAGGAGCAGUGAUUGCCACCAUGGAAAUCUCCCUUCGUAGCAUCUCCUUAGGCCAGGCUUCUCUGAGGAAGAGCUGCAGGUCCCUCCUCAGGGAUACAGGAAAACCAGUGAUGACUUUCCCAGAGUGGAAGAGUGACAGAGACAUGGAGACAGCCCUCUAGCUUCUGUGUCCAGCCCUUGCCUGAUCUGUCUAGGGCGGCAGGAAGGAGACGGCUCCCAGACCCUAGGGAGCCGGCUGUGCAAUUUGAGUAAUCAUCUGCUCGGGGCCCCUGAGGCUCCCCAAGACUGUUCACCUGCUGCUGUGUGCACCAACAGCCUCCAGCCCAGCUGCUGGGGUUGCAUCACCUGCCGCUAAAACAGCCCUGGCAGCCAAAAGGCAACAGAAGGAAUCUAAGACCCAGGGACCUAGGGAGCCUCUUUCAUAUCCCUGUUGCCUUUGGGAGCAGGGUGCUUCUGUCCACAGGGAACACCCUUUGCAUUUUCCCCCUUGACUCUGCUGAUCUGCUCCCACCCCCCGGGAUACCUGUGCCCUUCCCUCCCCAGAGAUAUACACACACCCUCUCGCCCUGCCCACUCUGCUGCUCCCUCCCACUUACUCCCACUCACUAGUGCUCUAAUAAGGCAGUAGUCCAGGGAGUUUCCCGGGUUGGGACCCCUCCUCUGGGGUGCAGGCUGGGGUGCCCUCCUGGUAUGUGGCCCAACAGGUUUUUCUCUAUCAGCCUCCAAAUCAGCCUGGAGCUUGUCUGACCUGCCCCCCAGGGAGCUGGAGUCAGAGGCAGAGCCAGGUCAGAAGCUGGACUUAGAGACUCGGCUUCUGUGGUCCCACCUGGCCCCACACGGAAAGCAAUGCACAAAAGGCUCCUGUGUCCAGGGCUGAGCUGCUGAGAGGCCAGCAGAGUUCUCUCACAGGGGUUGAGGCCCAGUUCCUGAGAGGAGAGCUGUGGGAAGGGAGGUGUUUGCACGCAGGACCCGGUACAGCCUGGUCCUCUCCCACACUUGGGAGGGGCCAGAACCUGAGAGGACAGCCUGGCUGGUCUGCUGGAGAGAUCAUCUGACUGGUAUUCAGCUUGGGCUGCACACGCCCCCCUCUCUGACACCAGGCCACACAGGAGCUGGUGCCCACAUCAGGCACACCGCGCCCCCAGCACCUCUGGGCACCCAUGUACCCACAAGAACACAUAAUCACAUCUGCACAGAGACUGCACCUGCUGACCUAAACAUCCCAGCCGGAGACCCUGAGGGUGAAAGGCAGACAGCCCUGCAGCCCCCGGAGCACCCAGCCAGGCCAUGCAAGGAGGGGACAUGGACCUCAGAAAGGGGUCAUCCACCUUAGACCGACAGUUGGGGAGCCUUGGGAUCCACCCUAGAGUCCGGGAGGGUUUGUUUGGUCCUAGUUCUAGCAGCAUCCCUGAUCAAGCCUUGCUUCCUAAAGGACGGGCAGCCAGACACACCAUGUCUGUGACCAGUGGGAAGACAGGAGCGUCCCUGACUGAAGAGAUCCUCAACCACCUGGGCCUUGCUGACAAGAGUGCAGCUUGGGGCACCCUGGGCACCCUCAGGACCUUUCUGAGCUUCAGCGUGGACAAGGAUGUGCAGAGGCUGCUGAGGGCCAUUGCAGGCCAAGGUGUGGACCACAACGCCAUCGUGGACGUGCUGACCAAUCGGAGCAGAGAGCAAAGGCAGCUCAUCUCUCGAGCCUUCCAGGAGCGCACCCAGCAGGACCUGCUGAAGUCCCUGCAGGCAGCGCUCUCUGGCAACCUCGAGAGGAUUGUGGUGGCUCUGCUGUACCCAGCAGCCCAUCUGGAUGCCCGGGAGUUGAGGACAGCCUUGAAGGUACCAGGAGAGGAGGACUCAGGUUCUGCUGAAGAUGUGGCCAUGGAAAUCCUUGCCACCCGAACCCCCCCUCAGCUGCAGGAGUGUCUGGCAGUCUACAGACAUGAUUUCAAGGUGGAGGCUGAAGAGGACAUCAAAUGUGCAACCAAGGGCAUCUUGCAGGACCUACUCCUGGCCCUGGCCAAGGGGGGCCGUGAGAGCUACUCUGGAAUCAUUGAUUAUAACCUAGCAGAACAGGAUGUCCAGGCACUAAAACGGGCCGAAGGACCCAGCACAGAGCAGACAUGGGUCUUUAUCCUCACCCAGCGAAAUCCUGAACACCUGGUCCGAGUGCUGCACCAGUACCAGCGGAGUACGGGGCAUGAGCUGGAGAAGACCAUCCGGGACCGUUUCCACGGAGCUGCCCAGGUGGCUCUGCUCAGCCUAGCCUCGGUGAUCCUGAACGCAGCGCUCUACUUUGCUGAUAAACUUCAUCAAGCCCUCCAGGAAACUGAGCCCAAUUACCAAGUCCUGAUACGCAUCCUUAUUUCUCGAAGUGAGACUGAUCUUCUGAGUAUCCGAGCUGAGUUCAAAAAGAAAUUUGGGAAGUCCCUCUACUCUUCCCUCCAGGUGAGACUUGCCUGGUUCUUAACCUGGAUCCCCAGAGCUUCACCUGUUACCUCCACCCUACACACAGCUGAGCAUAUUCAUGCCCUGGAGAACUCAUGAAUCUUUGAUUAAUUUAGUACAAGAUUCCAGGCACCGAACAAGCUCUGGACCAGUACAAGGGAGAGGAUGCAGUACCUGAGCCAUGCGGUAGUGGGUCUUUCUAACACUUGACUUUCUGGUCUGCAGGACACAGUGAAAGGGGACUGCCGAUCAGCCCUACUAGCUCUGUGCAGGGCGGAAGACCUUUGAGACGUCUCUGCCCCAUCUGCACAUGGCAUUCAAGGGUCUGAGAUUCCCAAGUUUGGCUGAGGCUGCAAGAGACCAACUGGACCUCUAAAUAAGAUAACCCUUCACUGAGCACCCCGUGUUCCAGCUUCUCAUGGAGACUGGAACUUGAUUUUUCUUUUACAUCUCAAUUGCCCUCAUCUCAAAUUGAUGUGUACACCUGGGUCCUCCUGUUCUGUCUUGGGUGCGGGAUAAUGGGCUCUCUUUGACAGUUUCUGCCCUUCUCAUCCUUCUUUAUCCUGGUUAGAACAUCUCACUGAUGCUUGAAUUCUUUGGCAAACUUCACUGUCAUCUGUGUUCCCUGACUGAAGUUUGGGUGGAGCGGGACAGGGCUGGAAGCAGGCCUUGAAGUUGGAGAUGCCUUUGAUGUGCACUUGGAUAUUCAACAGGAAUCCCGUCUGAGACUUGAGACUGCAGUUAUCAACAACCACCUUCCCUUCCA